UAAUAUUAAUAAUGAUAAUAAUAACAAUGAUAAUAAAAAUCAAAGUAUCUUUAAACAGGCAGAUCCACACCAUGUUGAUGAAAUCCUAGUUGGCAACUUCUGAACUAAGCCCGCCUCGUCAUCUUUAUUCAUUAAAUCUUGCAGAGGAAAAGGUGACACUUCAAGAUGUCUCCUUUAUCCUAUGCCUUUGCCGGGGUCUUUGGUCUCCUGGUACUCAGCAGUGCAGUCUCAGGGUCUCCAGAAUGGGCUCGAGUGGAGGAGAAACUGAGGAGCGAUUUGUUAAGCAACUAUGACAAAAAUGUUCGACCAAGCAACACCACAGUCAUUUCUUUCAAUGGCCCUUUUAUUAGGGAUGUUCAGCUGGAUGACGCGUCCAACGCCAUUGAAAUGUUCUGCUGGUUGAAUUUCGAAUGGCAAGAUGACCGACUGAUUUGGGACGAAGCGAAAUAUGCUGGUGUGGACGUUCUCUCCGUGCCAGUGGAUAUGCUAUGGACACCUGACGUCGCUACUUACAAUUCACCGAGUAUCGAAGACAUGCGAGCCAUAGAUAACCAGCCUAUGGUCGUCAAAUCUACAGGCAGUGUGUUGUGGAUUCCCCCUGCCAAGCUCAGAGCCUCCUGCGGCGCCGACAUCCGACUGUGGCCACGCGAUACACACGUCUGCAACAUCACCAUUGGGUCUUGGACUCAGUCGGGACUCAUGGUCGAUUUCGAUAUCCAGUCACAACCUGAGUUCAAGUACUGGACAGGCAAGGAAACCAACAUGACCGGUUCAACAUGGGAGGUCCUUGAAGCCAACUCGACGAAGGAAUCGAAGCAGUAUCCUUGUUGCCCUGAUAUCUAUAUCGACGUCUCACUCUCCCUCAAACUUCGUCGUUAUGCCCCCAGCAGUACUACUACGAUCUUCGUGCCGGCCCUCUGUCUGAGCCUCCUGACCCUCAUUGUCUUCCUCCUCCCCCCCUCUGCCGGAGAAAAGGUCACCAUUGGAGGAUUUUGUCUCGUUCUUGACCUCAUCUUCCUUAUCUACGUCUCCACCACCAUCGGGGUCACUCGUUCUACUACGCCUCUCUUAGUGAAGCUAGCGUGCCAACAGUUUGUCCUCGCUGCCAUCAGUUUAAUGGUGUCAGUGCAGGUCCUGCGGUUGGCAAGAGGUCCACGUUCCUCUGGUCUGCCCUCUUGCAUUCGCCGUCCUCUCGCUGCCCUUGCCUCUUGCCUCUUCCUCGGGAACUACAGUGCUAUGGUGACCAACGACCGCUCCUCAACCAAGGACGACCUCAAGAAGCACUUCGACCAUCCCUCACAGUACUCCCAGCUGUCAAAUUCCUCAGAGACGCCCUCGACUGGGGACUACGUAGUUCUUGCCGCUGUUGUCGAUCGCCUCCUGUUCUUGCUGUUCCUCGCCCUCUGCCUGAACAAUGUCAUUCGCUUCUGGAGUGUUCUGUAAUUUUUUUGUUUUUGUUUUACCGUCUUGGUGGAUGGUUUAAAGAAGUCGGAUUGUCAGUGGUAAAGUUUUUUUUUUGUUUUUUGUUUUUGUUUUGUGAUUUUUUUUUUAAAUUUGUGGGGGUCGGUUGGUGAAAAUGUCAUCCAAAGCCGAUGAUUAUUAUUUGUUUUUCUUUAUAAUCUGAGCAUCAUUUGGCAUUAUUUUUUUCAGAUCUACUGACUUUUCAAAAUUCGUUUUCAAAAUUUUCGCUUUAUUUUUUUUUUUUUUUUUGGGGGGGGGGAGGGCUGGAAUGGAAAAAUGUGUUUUAUUUUCUAAAGCCAAUGUCUCUUUUUUCCAUGAUUUUGAGACUCAUUUGGCAUCAACAUUAGAUCUAAAUAAACUGGACUUAACCUCGUAUCAGACUUAACCUCAUACUAUAGGUUGUAUUUUUUCCUAUAAAGUAGUAAAAUUUCCUUCAAUGUAAUGAGUGUAAUCUUUCGCUGAUUCGGAAAUUAAAGCCUUUGAAAAAAAUAAAGAAAUUAAUACUGCAUGUUUACUAUCUAUCUGUUGCAUGUAUAAUUAAAGGAAUUUAUUAAGAUUCUACUUUCUUGUAUGUUAUUGUAGCUACUGCAUAUAUUUCUGUCAGUUUCUGCAAAGGUUAUUCGAAAGAAAACGAGGAAAUGUUGUGAUUCAGCAUGAACACUGAAACCCUGAAUUCUAUCAAAAGCACUUACCCCAGAAACUCACGAAAUAUAUAUGUACUGGAAAAUAAUGUGUGUACUCUAUUCCAUGUAAACGUUCUAGUAGGCCCUUUCAUUAAGAGUAAUACUGUGUGAUGAAGUAUUGCAUGCAUUCUGAUGAAACAGAAAAGUUUUCUCUCUUCCUUGGCAUUGGUUCAAUAAAUCUCCUUCAAA